AUGGAGACAAGCUUUUUCAUGCACCUGAAUGGUGACAACAACUGCUUGGAUCUAAUUGAAAACUAUGAAAAGAAAACAAAAAAAACAGAAAAAAUAGCAGAAAAAAUGACAGAAAAAACGACAGAAAAAACGGCAAAAAAAAUGACAGAAAAAAUGACAGAAAAAACGGCAAAAAAAAUGACAGAAAAAAAAACAGAAAAUUCCACUAAUUUAGUCCUUUCAGAAGACCCCAAACAGAUGAAAAUUUCAUUAAAGAACAGUGAAAAAACACCAACUGAGAAGAAUCAACAAAACACACAAAAAUUAAAAAUAGUGAAAAAAAAUUUCUUCAUUUCAGAAAAUGAAAAACUACACUUGCUUCAAUCAUUGGGAAGGAGUUGUUUUUCCAAAGAUGUAGCUUUGGACAGUGUAAAAAAAAACAAAAAUGUGUUUCGAUACCACUCUUUUUGUAUAAAUGGUGGAAUCGGAGUCAUACCACAAAGUGCAAAUAUCUUUUCCUCUCACAGUGGAAAUAUUCCCUCUUUACACUCUCGAAAUGACGAUUGUGUAGGAAAUAUAGACAGCGAGGUUAUUCGAAGGAAUGAUAAAAUCAAAAUGAUGAGAGAAAUGAAUAGAACUAGCAAAGAGUGGUCAAUGCCAAAGCAAAGGAAUACAAAGCUAGUAAAGGAUCAUAUCAAAGGAGUGCCAGGACUCAAGUGGGAAAAUGGAAAAAGACAAAGCAUAAAAUUAGAAAAGCCUUCUCUAACGGUGACACAAAGUCAUGCGGUAGAAAAAAAAUUAGAGGAAGAAACUGAAAGGGGAGUGGACUCAUCUCCUCCCAUGAGUCCAAAUGAUAUAAGAAGACAAUGUCGUGGAUACAGCAAAUUUUACGAAAAAAAUAAUGGCACUCAAUUUACACUCAGCAAAUGUGACAAGUUAAAAAAAUGCAAGAAAAAUACGCUGCCUUCACAUCAUAAUAGUACAUUCUUAUCAGUAAAGAUGAUAAAUGAGAAAAAGAAGAAAAAAAAAAAAAGUAAUUAUUUCAAUUAUUAUUCUGCUAUAGAUUUAAAUCCGUCCUCUUUAAUUCACAAAAAAAAAAGUGGGAGAAAUUUGGCUUUUCCUGUGGUGGAAACUUCAGCAGAAAACGCUUCAUCUGUAGACACUUAUUUAGGGAAGAAAAUAAUUCACACUGUUGAGGCAGCUAAAAAGGAAAAUAUAAAAAAGACAAUGGACACAAACAGAGAGGGAAAAUCUUUUAGGAAAUCGGAUGCUGAGAAAUCAUCUGUAGUUACUCUAAAAAAGAAUGCUGUUAUGAGUGGAAAUCUCAAGAUUGUAAGUCCAAAGUGCAACUUGAAAGACAAGGGUAGAGAAGCGAGAAAUUCAAAGAUCCUUCGCAAAUCUAGUCACAACAUCUGCACUGGUGGUGGUGGUGGCAGUGGUAAGGAAUCAUUUCUGAAAAAAAUUAAGCACAACUGCAAGAUUCAGAGUAAUAGGAGGAAAACAUUUCUCAUUCUGUCUGACGUAAAAAGACACACGAGUAAAAUCCAUGCUAGGAACGGAAAUUCGCUUGUCAACUCUUUUGGAAAUUCGUCAGGCAAUUUGUCAGGCAAUUCGUCAGGAAAUUCGUCAGGAAAUUCGUCAGGAAAUUCCUCUAACAAUUCGUCAGGAAAUUCCUCUAACAAUUCGUCAGGAAAUUCCUCUGACAAUUCUUCUGAAAAUUCCUCUGACAAUUCUUCUGAAAAUUCUUUCGAAAAUUCUCUCAUAUUGACCGUAUCAUCAUCUUCGUCCAACAUUAUAUCAUCUGUCUCUACGUACAAAAAUAAAAAAGGGAGAAAGCCCUGCAUCGAUCUUAAGAAUGGACGAGAUGUAAACAAAAGAAAUCAAACACAAGGUACAAAUCUACAUUCUUCCACAGAUGGAAAAGGUAAAGCAGAGAAGACAAAUAUGCAUGUUAUUCCGUUGGAUGUGAGCUUAGAAAACAAACAUUUGAUAGAUCCUGAUGAUUUGGUAAGUGGGGUGUGUCAACCGUGUGGAAUGUCCGCCCUUAACGAAGGGAUUCAAACUAGGGAGAGAAUUAUUACCUCUUUUGCAGAAAUGGAAGAAGUGAAAAAAGUGGAAGAAGUGGAAGAAGUGGAAGAAGUGAAAAAAGUGGAAGAAGUGGAAGAAGUGGAAGAAGUGGAAGAAGUGGAAGAAGUGAAAAGAGAAAAGACACGGGAGGGUCCCUCUAAAAUGAAGACGGAAAUGGGGACUGUCCAUCUAAAUGGAGAGAGAGAAUUGCAGCUCCAGAUGCAUAAACUAAGAAGCAAAAAAGUUGCAUCCAUGGUGAAUAAAAAAAAUUCAGACACGAAUUCGAAGGUAAAAAAGGAAAAAGGGAACAUAAACGAAAUUAAUGAAAUGUUUUACAUAAUUAAGUAUAAAAAAAUUAUGAACAGACUAAAGAAAAAAAUUUUGAAAAUAGUAAAGAAAAUUACGGAAAUGAAGAAAGCCAGACUAGUAUCUAAUCUAUGUCCUCGUCGUAACAAAUAUUUUCUCCAGUUUGUUAAAAAGACAAAACGGGUGUUGGAAGAGAGGUUUGAAGAGAGGUUGGAAGGGUCCAAAAUUGAAAAAUUCAUAGUUCUAGAACAGAGGAAUGAUAGGGGAGAAGGUGUAGUGAACGAUGGGCAGGAGAAGCAAGACGAAUCUUGUGCAAAUGGGAACAUUUGCGAAGCAUUUCUCCAAAGCAAAGAAAAUGAAAUGCUACUGAAAAGGUACUUAUCCAAGAAGAGAUUUUUAAUGAAACAUGUAAACAGAUAUAUUCUUCUGCACCAAAGGAAAUAUCAAAACGAUUUUUUAAAGAAACGUACAUUGAAAAAAAGGGAACGCAUAAAUUACAUUCCAAUUUUACAGAAAAGGGAAGAAGGAAAUCACUUGACUGUCGAGAAAGAGUACAGUCAGGUGAAAAAUGAAUUUAUUUCAAAAGGAAAAAAUGAAAAGAAAAGAAGCGGUCAAGUGGAUGUAAUUAACAUGAAAAAAAAAAAGAUCAAUACAAUACCUCCCAAGACGUUCCUCAAAUCUAUGGAGAUACGUCAAAAUAAUCUCACAACUGACAACACUACUCAGGAGGAUGGGUAUCAAGGUGCAAAUACCUCACAGGGGUGUCAUCUAGACACAUCCCCAUCUAUUGUAAACAAUUACAGACACGUAUCAGGAAAUAAAGACAGCUGUUUCUUAAUGGACCAAGCAACAUCACCCUGUUCGGGUGAAAAACAUUGUGUAAAGAUAAACAUAAAAAAAAAAAAAUCAUCUAGCUUUACAAAUAUAGAUAACGUAAAAAUGAUGAAACUAAAUAAUCACACAUCUGAAGAGAGAUUUUAUCAAAAUGGAAAUUACAACUGGGAUCUUGGAAAAGGACAUCUUAAUCACAAUAACAAUCCAAGUCAUAUAAAAACAAAGGAUAGAAAAAUAAUAAAUAGUUCUUCCAUGCAUUUGAGUAUGACACAACCCAUAUUCAUAAACCAUUAUGAUUGUGUGAAAAAAUACAAUGACAAAAUUAAUGCUAUAAAAAUUUGCCGAAAAUUUAUCUGUUCUAUGGAUUAUAAUAUGAAAGCCCCAAAUAAUUAUGGCGUGGUCAAAAUUGAAAAAGAAGAAAAAAGCAAUUUUCAGAAAAACAUGAAAACAAAAAUUUUGAAUAAUUACACAACUAUUCUUGCAUUUAUAAAGAAACAAAUAAAAAGAGCAAAUUGUAUACUUAAGACAGGUUCUUCAAUUCAUACCAACUCACCAAUGAAAAAAGAAAAGAAAAAAAUAAAAAAUACACAAUAUUACUAUAUGCACAAUAUGAAGAAACAAUUGCAAAAACUGAGACACAUGAAAAUCGUGUCAUUCAUCCUUUCGUCCUUUUCUGACAAUCGAAACAUUGCACACACACCUAUCUGCACUAUGAACCCAAAGGGAAGAAGAAGUAUUAACGUGUCUCAUAAGAAUGAAAAAUUCCCAAAUUGGAACUCAAUUCUUCGAACUCCGGAACCGAUGAGAUACAGAUUCUCACCGAAUGUUUUCAGUAGACGCAGACGUGGGAAAGGUGUGAGACAUGCAGCAAGAUGA